CGGUUUUCGCACGCUAAGCUGCUACCACGUUCGGGAAAACUAAAAAGCCAAAGUCGGUUUCGUCUGUGCUGCCGGUUGACGGCCGUUGUUCGUAGUUUUCUUGAUACCGUCAAACCGCGAAUGCCAAAGCUUCUGUUGCGCCGUUUGCUCCAUCGUCACGUGUCGUAAUUGGGUACACGCGUUUAAUCAUCAUUCAGCUACCGUCUGCCGCCAUUAUACUGUAGUUUAAUCGUUUACCAACAUGGCUUCUACAAACUCGAGCAAACUCGGCAGAGAAUGGGAUCUUACAUCAUACGAAUUGCAGAGAACUCCCCAUAAAGUUAUUACAGACAAUACCGAAAUUGCUGUACCCCGCCGGAGUCUCGAAAAGGAAUUUAUGUGUCCGAUUUGUUUAGAUAUGCUGACCAAGACGGUGUCGACUAAAUGUCUCCAUAGAUUCUGUAAUGAAUGUAUUGUGACUGCACUUCGUUCGGGUAAUAAAGAAUGUCCUACUUGUCGUAAGAAGAUAAAAUCAAAACGAUGUCUACGAGCUAACCCAGAAUUUGAUUUGUUAAUAUCUAAAAUCUAUCCGAAUCGUGAAGAAUACAAUGCACAUCAAAGCAAUUAUAUUGAGAAAAUAAAACAGAAUCAUAGUCAAGAUAAUUUGAUAAAAUCUAUAACUGAAGGAUUAAAAGUACAAAAACAAAAGCGUGAGUACCAGACUAAAAAGAAACGAAGCCUACAGCAAACUGAAAGUAACUCAUCAAAUGCUUUGACACCAUCAACAUCAAGUCAAGUGGACGACGUCAAACUGAAAGAAUCAACAGUAAAAACAAAUGAAAUAAAGAAAAAGAAAAAGACCUCUCCAUCUUCUACAGAAGUAAUCCCCAAUAUUAUUGAAAGUGAUGGUGUGUUUAAAAGUGUGUCAUUAAAUGAUUUGGAACUGGUGCUUAAACCUCAUCCUAAAAAAAUGUCUAAUAAUAAUCAACUAGAAAAGGAUUUAAAAAAAGCUGAUCUACGUUAUCUAAAAAUACCACCUUCUGCUACUGUUGAACACUUGAGUAGUUAUUUAACUAUGCGGAUCCAGUUAGAUCAUGAUAAUGAGAUUGAAAAUAACCAAAUUAAAGUUUUAAUCUACGUUUCCCUAACUGCUGGUUUAUAUAGGAUCCUUAAUGGCAAACGAACACUUCAAUAUGUUCGAGAUAAAUUUUGGAAUGCCAAGAAAGAGGAACCAAUGGAAAUUUUUUACUCUUAUUAAUUAAAUUUAUACGAGUAUCUACAUUAAUUAUAAAUAUUCAAGUUUUUUAAACUAAAAUGGAUUAUCUGUGGUGUUCUGGGUUUAAUAAUUUAU